AUGCAUCCAACAGAGCGAGACCUCCAAGACUUAAAACAUGAUCUGGAGGCGCUCAGUCGAUUUACCUCAGGUCGAUGGCUCUGGGGUGAACAUCAACAACUUACAUGCUGCUAUGUCAAGUUUGACAUGCCAAACCUUUUGGAACUUGCUGCGUCUACCAUUGGAUCAAAAUCGUGUGUUCAUGUUGUUAAGAUUUCGGAGGGCCAGUAUAACAAAGUGCUUCUGCUUACCAUGAGUGAUGGGCGCGAGGUGAUUGCCAAACUGCCAAAUCCCAAUGCGGGCAGACCGCACUUCACUACAGCCACGUUAGAGAACUCUUUUGGAGCAGAGUAUAUCAUUAUGGAGAAACACCUCGGUGUGAUGCUGAGUGACGUGUGGGGAAGCAUGAAGAAGAAGCAGAAAACUCAGAUUGUGCUGCAAGUUGCUGAUAUUGAAAAAACUCUUGCUUCAACUAAAUUCACAAAGCUUGGAGCUUUGUACUACAAGAAUGACCUCCCCGCUACGCUCGAUACCACGAUACCGUUGUAUGUUGACAGGAACAGGAACAAGGUACACAGUGCAAAUUUUGGCAUUGGACCAACCACCAAUCGUUUGUUUUGUGACUUUGGGAGAGGAGACCUGGACACCGAUCGUGGACCUUUACUUCCCAGGGUCUACACCUGCGGAGUUCAUGAUGGCCAUUGCGUAUUGAGAGAUUGUCUGUGCAAGGGCAGGACUCAUAUACCCAUUGAUGCCAGAAUGUCUUUCCUACGGACCCAGACAAUACAAGCCGAGCACUUCGAAAAAACUCUCCGCAUUGAACAACUAUCUCAAAGUGGCGCCAUAUGUUCUACCAGAAAACAGAGCAACCCAUGCAUCAGUUUUAUGGCACAUCACAUGCUCCGGUUUCUGGAUUACAAUGGCCCGGCUCCUGGGGAACUGCAGCAAGUCUGUCUCCCUGCGAACUUUGACUCAAUGACUCCACAUGAACAGCAGAAAGCGAAGGCAUUGCAUUGCAUCAAGCACAGACACUACACAUUCUUUACCUGGCUCGAUUCUGUCAAGUCAACACGAAGCCUUCCAGGCCAUGCAGGGUCAGGGUUCACUCCGUCACCAAGUUAUUGUUGCCCCAGGGUUGACAUUAACAGAGUACGAACCAUGCCUCAGGAGCUUGCUGAGGGAUGUGUUCUCGGGCGCCGAAGUCCAGCAGCAGGGACAGGACGAAGAGCUGUGGGCUCGGGGGUGGAGCUCAUGAACAACUUUAUUAGUGACACCGGAUGUUUCAAACACUGGGAUGGCAGGGUCAGCGAUGCGGAUUAUGAAUUGUCAAAGAGACAACUGGCUGACGGGAUAGCGCGGGUUUUUGAGCCGUGA